AUGGACUCUUCUGCUCGCACGUCAAUGGCGUUGUUCAGUUCCCCCGCACGGGUAUUCGCGGUGGCCAUCGUACUUCGCUUAGUUCUGCUGGUCUAUGGCGGUUGGCAGGAUGCCAAUUCCUCGGUGAAGUACACCGACAUCGACUACCUGGUGUUCACAGAUGCGUCACGCUAUAUCAGCAGGGGUCAAUCCCCCUAUGCGCGUGACACGUAUCGAUACACGCCCCUUCUUGCGUGGAUGCUUCUCCCCACCGCAUGGAGCGGGACUGGCCCUCUGGCAUCUCUCGCUUUCGCAUUUGGCAAGAUUCUUUUCGCUCUGGCCGAUGUGAUUGCCGGUUGGCUGGUAGUCAAGCUGCUGCGCAGGUGUUACCAGAUGCCCACCGAGCGGGCACUACGCUAUGUCGCCGCAGCUUGGCUUUGGAAUCCCAUGGUGGCGAACAUCAGUACCCGAGGCAGCUCCGAGGGUCUCUUGGGCGUCCUGGUCGCUGCACUGCUCUGGGCGACCUUGACCAAGCGGGCAUUCCUAGCAGGUGUGAUUCUGGGGCUGUCGGUCCAUUUCAAAAUCUAUCCUUUCAUCUAUGGGGGUUCGAUCCUGUGGUGGUGGGACGCGCAGCAGGAUGGCGCACCCCCGGCGAAGAACUCUAGCUUGGCCUCUCGACUCCUCGGGUUCAUUACCCCUUCGCGGGUAGUUCUGGCCCUCUCUGCGCUGGCGACUUUUGCUUCGCUGAAUGUUGUCAUGUAUUUGCAGUAUGGCAUGCCGUUCUUGCACCAGACGUUCCUUCAUCAUCUCACGCGUAUCGACCACCGCCAUAAUUUCUCCCCUUAUAGUACUUUGCUCUAUCUUGCGUCCGCCGGCGGAGCAAGCUAUCACUUUGAAACCCUCGCAUUCCUCCCACAAUUGCUGCUCGCUGUGGUUGCUAUUCCUUUGGCUUUGGCGAAGAAAAGUUUGGCUACAGCCAUGCUUGCGCAAACAUUCGCUUUUGUAACUUUUAACAAAGUGUGUACAAGUCAGUAUUUUAUUUGGUACCUCAUCCUCCUGCCUUUUUAUUUGCCCUCGUCUUCACUUUUACGAAAACCGAGGCUGGGUGUUGCAGCAGCGGCUCUUUGGGUUCUCGGUCAGGCACUUUGGCUUUCUCAAGGAUAUAAUCUAGAGUUUCUUGGUCUGUCAGCAUUCGUCCCCGGGCUAUUUCUCGCAUCGCUCGUCUUUUUUGGCAUCAAUGUGUGGAUUCUUGGCAUCGUCAUCCGCGAUGGGGGGAUAGCCAAGUGA